AUGGCAAAACGACAAGCUGCAGCAAAAGCGACCGAAUCUAUAGCUGCACUUGCAAUCUCUCUUUCCAGUGAGAGCGAGCACUUAUCUUCUACUUCAAGUGAACUAUAUGAGCCGUCUUCUUCAUUGAAUAGCAGUUAUAAUGAUAAAGAGUUGAACGAUACAAAUGAACUUCCGAAUGUGAAUUCAAAUGGAACAAAUCAAAACUCAAACACAACAAAUGAAAAUUCAAAUGCAACAAAUGAAAAUUCGAAUGCAACAAAUGAAAAUUCAAAUGAAACAAAUGAAAAUCUAUAUGAAACAAAUGAAAAUCUAUAUGAAACAAAUGAAAAAUCGAAUGAACAAAAUGAAAAUUCAAAUGAAACAAAUGAAAAUUCAAAUGAAACAAAUGAAAAUUCGAAUGAAACAAAUGAAAAUCUAUAUGAAACAAAUGAAAAUCUAUAUGAAACAAAUGAAAAUCUAUAUGAAACAAAUGAAAAAUCGAAUGAACAAAAUGAAAAUUUAUAUGAAACGAAUGAAAGUUCUAAUAAAACAAAUGAAGAUUCAAGUGAAACAAAUGAAAAUUCGAAUAAAAAAGGUGAAAAUUUAUAUGAAACAAACGAAAAUUCAUAUGAAACAAAUGAAGAUUCAAAUGAAACAAAUGAAGAUUCAAAUGAAACAAAUGAAAAUACACGCAAAUCAAACGGGCAUUCCAAUGAUAGAAGAGAUUCGGCUCAUUUUUCAUCGAUCGACUUUAGAAAAGCAAAUCGACAAUCAGUACGUAUAAAGCUGCAAAAUUUCUUUCUACUUAAAAGAUUUCAUAAUUUAUUACUUUAA